UUCUAAGGUAGAAUGCUUUUACUAAGAAUUAGAACAACCUUAAGAUCGCUACGGGGAUCCUGUGUUAUACCUUUGAGUAUGAAUACAUGGAAUGGGUUCCAACUGUCACCCUGCUUAGCUUAGUCUUUAGCUUAGCCUUUAGCAUGUUAAGCUAGCCGGCUAGUGUGAGGAAGGGGAUACACACGUAUUUGAUUCUAAUUACAGGUUGAUGACCUUCAUCCUCAAGUUUAUUGAUGGCCUACGCCGUUGUCUAUCUCGUAAUCUCGUUGUAGCUUGAUACCUGAAGAUAUAGCUAGGCUCAGUUGGAGUCGCUUACUGUUGGCGACUUGUUUGACAGCUGGACAUUUGACCAGUUUACUCAGCCGGUUACUACUCCCUGGCCGAAUAAACAGCGAAGGACAUGGCAGCCAAUGGAGCAAGCUUAGAAAAAACUCAGAAACGCACUGGAGUCAAAGACAAACAGAACGGCACCUCUCAAGAUGCAUCAGUCAGAGAGAGGAGGGAGAAGGAUAAAGAAGAGCGCCUAUCCCUGGUGUUAUGGAGGAGACCUAUAACCACAUUACAGUACUUUCUCCUGGAGACCCUCAUCAAGCUAAAGGAGUUGGCAAUGAAACUGUGGCAUCGGCGAGGCCUGGUGUUCUUCUUCCUGGUUCUUUGUUUGUUCUUCUACCUUGCUUACUCCACUGAGGGUACACACCAGAACUAUGUCAAGUACUUGGAGGGCAAAUUUCUAUGGUGUGCCUACUGGGUAGGCCUAGGAAUCCUGUCAUCAGUAGGCCUUGGAACUGGCCUGCACACCUUCCUGUUGUAUCUGGGUCCACACAUAGCCUCCGUGACCCUGGCAGCGUACGAGUGCGGCUCCACCGACUUCCCCGAGCCCCCGUACCCAGACCAGAUACUCUGUCCCACGGACGGGGGACUGGAGGGCAGCGUCUCCCUUUGGACUAUCAUGUCCAAGGUCCGGCUGGAGGCCUGCAUGUGGGGGGCAGGCACGGCCAUUGGUGAGCUUCCUCCGUACUUCAUGGCCAGAGCUGCCCGCCAGUCAGGAGCCGACCCAGACGACGAGGACUAUGAGGAGUUUGAAGAGAUGUUGGAGCAGGCACAGACAGCCCAGGACUUCAUCACAAGAGCCAAGAUGGGAGUCCAGAAUAUGGUGCAGAGAGUGGGAUUCUUUGGGAUCCUGGCCUGUGCUUCAAUCCCCAACCCUCUGUUUGACCUGGCUGGGAUCACCUGUGGUCACUUCCUGGUCCCCUUCUGGACCUUCUUUGGCGCUACGCUGAUUGGGAAGGCUAUCGUCAAGAUGCACAUACAGAAACUGUUUGUCAUCAUCACGUUCAGCAGGCACAUAGUGGAGCAGAUGGUGUCACUUAUAGGGUCUGUGCCCAGGGUGGGACCAGCUCUCCAGAAGCCCUUCAGUCAGUACCUGGAUGCCCAGAGGAACAAGCUGCACCACGCAGGGGAAGGCACGCCCGCGGGUGAGAACUGGCUGUCGUGGGUGUUUGAGAAGGUGGUGCUGGUGAUGGUGGUGUACUUUGUGUGCUCCAUCGUGAACUCCAUGGCGCAGAGCUACGGCAAGCGGCUGCAGCAGCGGAGACACUCGGAGGAGAAGACCAAGUGAUGAUGGGCGUCCGAACCCACGACUGGAAGGACAAAGCCCAUUGGACACGUGUUGCCCCGGCGACCGGUCCCACUGCCCACCCGCCGCCCCUCCAGGGGGUCUCUCGACAACUAAACAACAAACCUCACCCUAGUCCCAUGCUCAAAGAGAGGCUCCACACCAGGCACUAUUGUUGUCCGCGUUCUUUUGAAGUGUGUGUGUGUGCGUGCGUGUGUGUGUAUGUGUGCGCUGUUAGUUCUUGUUUGUCCGUCCUCGACCUUCGUAGGGUUCCCGCGCUCCACCUCCAAAUACACUAACUCUCUCUCCCUCGGCCAGCCACUCACCUCUUAAAUUGUGUUCUGUGUGAUUGGUCCCACUCCUGCUGAUACGAAGAUGUCCGUCUCUAGCAACAGACUAACCCUUUCAUAGACCUCAGAUGUGAAGCGGCAGACAGAGCAGCCGACCGGGCUGCUCCGCUGCUAUGCCUUAUGCAAAGAUGGGAGGGUCCCACAUGCAUUGAACACAGUUCUUAAUUGAUACUUACUUACUUGAUUUGUAUUUAAUUUGUUUUUUGAGCCCGUGUGCAAGGUAUGGACAGUCUUUUGAAGCUUGAUCCGUGGAUACAAUGUGCUGAUGAUUUGAAUAAGGUUAAGCGUUUAUUAUAUUUUUUUCAUUUGUUCAAGGUUUAAUUUUAACCUUAUGUUCUCUGUAACAUGACAAAGCAUUUGUUUUGUUUAUGGGAUCUGUCGUAUAUAUUUAGAAAUGGUAAAAAAAAACGAAGCAAUAUCGAGUCAGAACUAUGUAGUAUUGAUGGCUUGCACAUCCUGUAAAUAACUUAAUAUCUUUUUUGGGGGGUACGUGCACAUGGAUUUCUAUUCUCAUGGUCUUUCUGGAUAUAACGGAACUCAAAACAUAACAAGGAAUAGGUGAUAUCAUUUGUAAAGUAACAUUGUUCUCUUUGCUUACUUGUUCCAUUUGUUCUGUACAUUUAGAUUGAACCUUGAUCAAAGCAUAUAUAAAAUGUCUUAAUCAUU